CGGUCUCGGGCGGUCGGUCUCUAGAGUGUUAGCUGUGUGUUAAAAGAUUAAAGAUUGUAACAUAGUGCCUAUUUUAUGGUCUCGAAUUAACAGGGGUCUCAAAUUGGAGUGCGAACUGUAAUAAAUUGCGUUGAUCAUUCCACACGUUUUGUUGUCGGGUCAAGAUUACUAUUCAUUCAUGCGAGGAGCAGCACUUGGCCGUUGUUUAUUUUGAACUAACGCGCAAGUGUCUGACACAAAGCACCAGGAGAUUGACUAGAGAGACUACACGUAGGAUUGGUGAAAGGAAACUGCGAAGAAAACAAACCCGAGUACAAAAGAUGCUCAAUUAUCGUCUAUUAGGCUCUACUCUACUGUUGUGGAUUUUUUGACUCCUGGAAUGUUGCAACUUCACCUGUCGGAAUCGACGAAUGUUGUAGGCCUAUUGUGUAACAACUGUAACCACGAAAAUCUGGUUAGGACGGUCAAUGGAAUUCAAGGGUAGUACCAUGGAGAUAUAUAAGGUGAUAUAUGUACUUGUUCCGACGAACCAAAUCAAACAAGUGUAGAGGUAAGAGCAGAUACGCACGUGACGAAACCACAUAAAUUGAGCAGCACAAUUCGUUUGGCACGAACAACCUGGCUUCAAAAUUAACAGACGACCAAGCAAUCACGGCAGACGGUCGAGGAGAUUACAGAAGCAGCACUCGAUCGACUAGUAACUAGGCCUCUACAUCCAAUUCGUGCUCCCCUUAUUCCAAUAGGAGCAUUUCCACAAACUUAUUGAUUUUCCUGGAUCUAAAACGAUAUAUAUAAAGCGAAAAACAACUGCAGAUUCGAGUCCUCUACCAAAUCUGGAUAUUAUAACCUCUGUACUUAUGAAUCGUGACCCAUUUCCUUCGAGUUAUUUCUAGUGUCAGGAGGGUUUUAAUCGGGACACAUUUUGACGCAACACAGUUUUACAACUCAAGUUCAAUUGAUGGUUUCUUUACGCAGGAUGUGAUAUUAGAAAAAUGUUGUUAGGAGGAAUGUACCAUUUAUGUAGACCUACGUCAUUCAAAAAAUACCAAGCAAGCCUUAUUAUAUUGACAAGGCAAAAUUUUUGAAUUGUUCAGUAUUUCGUGUUGAAUUUUAUAUUCUGCUGUAUAAUUUGUUUUAGUGUAUUGAUUUAGCAGAUUGCCGCGCUGUUUGAAUUUUUUGAGUAUUAUGGGAAUGAACAAUUUACAGACGAUCUUAAUUUGGUUGUGCAGUUUAGUUGUAAUGGUUCCCGCUGGAACGGGGCUGCAAAAUGAGUAUCAUUAUGGGCCAAUGACUAAAACCAUGGGGCACACAGAAUACGAAACAUACGAGACUGUUCUACCUGCGCUGGUAAAUCAUAAAGGGGAACAUAUAAGCUAUGAUAUAUUGAACAGCCGAAAACGAACUAGGCGGCAUGCUGUUCCAAAUAUGUUCAUGCCAAUAAAAACAGACAAAAUAUUGUAUUAUAAAUUCGUAGCACAGGGAACUCACUUUCACCUUAAUCUUACGUUGAACGAGAAGUUGUUCUCUCAUAAUUAUAUCGUAGAAUAUCGAGGUAGUUCGGGUCACGUGGACACUACGCAUCGUCAGAUUGAUGACUGCCACUACCACGGCAGCUUGGUCGGAAAUGUUUCUUCUUCAAAAAUCUCAAUAAGUAACUGCAAAGGCCUUCAUGGAAUAAUUAACUCUGAAGGGGAGGAGUUUUUGAUUGAACCUCUGUACCAUCUGAUAGAUGAUGUCACUGAAGGGUUUCCACAUGCCGUCUACAAACGCUCUACAUCAAAAUCAGUGCCUUCAUCCAGUUUUUGUGGGGUCAGUGAUUCAAAUCAUAAAACAACUAAACCCCUGCCAGCUAAUAGGAAUGUACCGGAAAGAAUGGAUGCAGUUCCCAGUAGGAGGAAGAAGCGAUCUCUCAGCACAGAGGUCUAUGUGGAAACGCUUGUAGUUGCAGAUAAGAAAAUGGUCUCCCAUCAUAAAGUUGACGAUGUCGAACAGUAUCUUCUAACUAUAAUGAAUAUCGUCUCUGGUUUAUAUAAAGAUGAAAGUAUUGGUAACUCGGUGAACAUUGUAGUUUCACGAUUAAUCUUAUUAGUUGAAGAUCAGCCUGAUUUAGAUAUUAACCAUCAUGCUGAACACUCUUUAAGCAGUUUUUGUAAUUGGCAAGAAUUAAAUAAUGUGGAAAAUGCUACUGAAGAUGGGAUUGCUCACCAUGACAACGCUGUCCUCAUCACCAGCUAUGAUAUCUGUCGAUUUAGAAAUGAGCCAUGCGAUACACUAGGGUUAGCCCCGGUUGAAGGGAUCUGUACUCCCUCCAAAAGCUGCAGUAUAAACGAGGACACUGGGCUAGGAACAGCUUUUACAAUUGCUCAUGAAUUAGGUCAUAAUUUUGGUAUGCAGCAUGACGGCCAUGAUGAUGAUAUUGGUAGUAAGUGUGGUAAACCUGGGGAGAGUGCCAAACUGAUGGCAAAAUUCUUUCACAAAGACUCCGAUCCAUUCUCCUGGUCACAUUGCAGCGAAGAAUACCUAACCAAAUUACUUGAUUCAGGAAAAGGUGAUUGCCUUUUAAAAAUCCCGCACAUUGUUGUCCAGAGUCAAACGGAACCUCGGAGGGAGCCAGGAGAAAUAUACAAUGCAGAUGAGCAGUGCAGGUUGCAGUAUGGGGAAGGUGCCAGCCACUGUCGAAUGGGGAAAGUUUGUAGCCAGCUUUAUUGCUUUGUAGAAGGCCGAGGCUGCAUCACCAACUUUUUACCUGCUACGGAGGGAACAAAGUGUCUUCUGGGUGUUGAUAGUGUUACACAAGGGUGGUGCUAUCAAGGGGACUGUGUUGAAAGUGGUACACGACCAGGUGCUGUAGAUGGUCAGUGGGGAGAGUGGGGGGCUUGGGGCCCCUGUUCCCGGUCAUGCGAUGGUGGUAUAUCUACAAAGGAAAGACGCUGUGAUUCACCACGUCCACGGCACGGUGGUAAUUUUUGCUUAGGUCUUCGGAAGCAAUAUCGCUCCUGCAACAUUGAUCCUUGUCCGAGUAAUUCAAAAGACUUCAGGGAAAUGCAAUGUUCUGCGUACGACAACAAAAAAUUUGCCAGAUUUCCUGGCUCCAAACCUGUCUACUACACUUGGAAGCCGUAUCUUAGUCGAAAGGGACGCAACAACAACCUAAAUGUAUGUGCACUCAACUGCCUUGCAGUGGGAACCAAGUUUUUUGUUCAAAGGUCACCACAAGUUGUAGACGGAACGCGUUGUGAUAAGGAAUCGUUGGAUGUUUGCAUUAAUGGCAGAUGUCAUCCGGUUGGUUGUGAUCGACUUCUCAACUCCAAUAUGAAGAUGGAUAAAUGCCAGGUGUGCGGAGGUGAUGGAAGUACCUGCGAAACUAUCAGUGGAAGAGUGGAUCGUGCAAUGGAUCAUGGAACUUACCAGGAAAUUGUUAGUAUUCCCGCAGGAGCUACUAACAUUUACAUACAGGAAUCACAAAUGUCAGGCAGUUUCUUAGCAUUAAAAUCAGCAAAUUCAAGGAAAUACUACAUUAAUGGAGAGUGGAAAAUACUCUGGCCAACGUCCUUCAACAUCAUUGGCACUUUAUUUAAGUAUAAACGACCUAAUGAUGCACCCGAGUCUUUAUAUGCAGCCGGCCCUACUACAAAGGACAUUGUUGUCAUGUUGUUAGUACAGGAAGAAAAUCAUGGUGUGGAAUAUGAGUACAGCAUUCCAAUAACCCCCAACUCAACUGCACACGAUGAUGUGAGCUUCAACUGGAGACUUGGCCAAUGGUCAGAGUGCUCAGCAUCAUGUGCCGGAGGUGAGAAGGUAGCAUCAAUUGAAUGCAAGAAGUCAGAUGAUGAGAGCGUUGUCAGCGAUACCUUCUGCAAUCCAGCAGUGAAACCGAACGUGAAGCGACAGAGCUGUAACACACAACGCUGUCAGCCUCAAUGGUCAAUCGGUGAUUGGUCUGAAUGUAGCCAGACAUGUAAUGGUGGCGUUAAGCACCGUCUUGUCACAUGUAUGGCACAAGUAACAGUCCGAGAGUCAGAGUCAGUGCAUGAGAGUCAUUGCAUGACACACAAACCUAUAUCAGAGUUACCUUGCGGAACGAAUGUGUGCCCACCGCAAUGGGUCAGCAGCGUGUGGUCUAAGUGUUUACCAGAGUGUGGCCCAGGAAUACAGACUCGAGAGGUGACAUGUAUGAGCAGUAAUUUAAAUAUCAACAGUAAUACUUAUGCCGUUCCUGAUAAUAUGUGUGACCGGAGUCAGAGGCCGGCAAGUCGCAGAAGCUGCGACAAUGAACGGUGCCCACCACCCAGGUGGAUUUCGGGACCUUGGAGUGAAUGUAAUGGAGAAUGUGGAAGAGGCCAGCGAAGGCGAUCAGUACGGUGCGAGUCUUUCAAUGGUCAUGUCUUGACACGGACUCACUGCAGCGCCCACCUCAAACCUAGUAACUAUGAACAGUGUAAAAAGGUGUGCGGGCCUGAUCUGACUAAUGAGCCAUGUGAGGAUGCUCAUCAAGUGGCCUACUGCCCAUUGGUUCUUAAAUUCAACUUUUGUACUCGACAGUAUUUCCGUAAAAUGUGCUGCAGAACAUGUUUGAACAAUAGCCAAGCCUGAAACAAGUGUUUUUAACUUAUAGAAAAAAAUGUUCACCUCGAUGCCACUGUAAAUACCCUACAUU